AUGUCUUCGCACAAAUGGUCCCGACCAAAGCCCUUGCCGGUCGGUGUGACGACCAGUCUGUCGCUCGAGCAGCAACAGAUCCUCGCAGCGGUGCCACGGUGGAAGAAGGCCUGGGUGCGACCGUCGACGCUGAAGCCAGGCCAGAACCCGAACUUCAAGAUCCUGAAGUGGGUCAUCGAUACAGACCAGGACAAGUCUGAAGGGACGGAAGAGGAGAUGCAGGCAGCGUUGCAGGAAGUCGCGGCGGGCAACAUCCCUCUACCGGGCAGUUCGGGCGGCAUCAACGCAGACGGGACUAUCACCCUCGACUUUGGCAGUGGCGCUCCCUCGCUACCCGCCUCUGGCACAGCAACACCCGCUCUGCCUCCUGCCGCACCUCCUCUCGCAGCACCAGUCCCUGCCUCGACUCUCCAAGCCUCUUCCAAUCCGAUCGCGCUCGUUCAGCAUGCAAAUCCUGCGAAACCAGCGACUGGUCCUGCGCCUUCCGGUGCAGAACCGAGCGUCAAGGAGGCGGUGAAGGGACUGGAGGACGUGGAUAUGCAGGACGUCACGACAGAUCAGGGUCCGGCGGUUGGGCGAGAUGAGCGGAGUCUCGUACAGGAGGAUCAGACGGCGGCGCAGCCAUGA